GCAGUCGAACUACCAGGAGCCGCCCACGCUGAUCCGACUGCGCCAGCUCAUGAUUCUAGUGGACCAGGGCCUCAAGCCGACUGAGGCGCAGGUCACCGCCAAACUUCGAGAAGUCCUCGAUGGUAACGGGACCGGCCAGGGGCAGCCGACGGGCUCGGCCCCUGGAGCCGGCCGUGCUCCGAGAAGGUUCACACGAGGUGCCAACCUCAACGUGGAGAAAAACCUGAAGGUGUGGACGCAGCCUUGGGGCGAGGCCAAGUUCCAGGCUGCCGCUGCACUCCGUGACGCUGCUCCACCGGCGGCGGGACCCCACGUGGUGGUGUGCCAGACCCCGGACGAACACCAAGAAACCAUCAUAUGGAAGAAAGCCACGGCCUGCACGCAGCCGUGCACAUACAUCGUCUUCAACGCUGAUCGCGAAGACAUGCAGGACGAAGUGCUCGUGGAGGGUGCCCGCGGCCCAGUCCCGGUCCGCUGCCAGAUCGUGCAGUCUGGUGCCCAGGCGCCGGUGCGGUCGGGGCUCCCCUCGGGCAUGAAAGAUGAUACGCCAGAGGUGGCGGCCGCCGCCGCCCCAAACACCACCAUCUACAGGCUUACAGCUAUCAAGGCCUGCACCGAUGGUGCCAUCGUCGCAAAAGCUGAGGGCGAACCAGGUGCGCUGGGGAAUAUCGUGUUACCUAAAGAACUCUCACCGCUGGUGGUCCACACAAGGGCUGCCAUGAAUUAUUCAGAUGUGGUCACCGCCCUGGUUGUCGUGAAGGAAGCGGACCAGGACAAGAUCAACCAAGCGUCGCUGCCUCGGGGGUGCGUGUGCUCUCCGCAGGGGCCCCGUGACAUCCCACGCUACGUCACCAAGCUCCCAGAGGAGACGGAUGCAGCGUACUGGGCACGAGUCGACCGGAACAGGAUGGCGGCGCAGGGCCGUCUCGUGUACCGGAAGAACGACAAGGCCUACCUGGGCAUCAUUGCCAACAAAGCCAUCACCGACACGGUGGAAACCAUUCGCUGGAUCCUCAAGCGGGCCCCCCCCAACUGGACCUCCCCUGAGGACGUCAAGACGUGGGCCGAGGCUCGUGGGUUCACCAAGUUUGCCAAUUGCGCCCGGAUGGGCAAAAAGAUCUGGAGCUUCCACGCCGAAGCUGCUAGUGUGGCGAGCUCUUUCACCUUCCAGUCUGGCAUCUUUGUCGUGCAGGCCGGGCGCGGUGGAGGCGAUCGCAAGAAGCCCGACAAGGCAGCCCCGCCCGCUGGGCCUAGACAGCGCUGGGGCGCCCCGCCCCCCCGGGCGCGCGCUGCCCAAGCAGAUUCCGACAUGGGUGAGGAUGAAGCGGGCGCUUCGGCAGAGGCUCCGCCAGCUGCGGUAGGGGCUCUGGCGCUCACCGACGCUGGUGCGGCCGCCACUGGUGGCCCGGAGCAACCAGCCGCCAAGGCGGCCCCGGCGCAGAAAAGCCAGAAAAAGGAAACGCCCCUCCCUUGGGCAAACUUGUUCGUGGAGGAGGCGUGUGGCGGCCAGGGGGAUUGCCAGUGCAUUGCGCUAGCAGAGGCUCUCAACCACCUCGCCCCGACGAGAAAGGCCCCGGGCCCGAAUGACUUCAAGCCGGGUGGGCGUCUCCAGGCCAGCUUGCGGAUGCAGGCCGCCGCGGAGAUCAGCGACAACAAAGAGAAGUACGACAAGGCCACUUCCGAGUGCACGGAGAAGGUGGCGACCACGGGCACGAUGGGGGACAGCCUCACGCUGUGCGCCCUCGCUGCUGCCCUGAGGGUUGACAUCGUGAUCUGGCGGUGGUCCGAGGAGGAGCGGAAGUGGUCCCUCUUCACCACUGCUGCGGCCAACAAGCCAAAGAAGAAGAAGAAGAAGACCCUCUGGGUCGCGCUGAAGAGCCGCCACUACACGUGGCUAAAGCCCGUCAGCGUGGAGGAUGGCGACAAGCAGCGCCUGGACAUGCAAACGGCGGCCCUGGCCGCGCCGAGGGGCCGACAGGGCUUCUCGGGGGCAGGAAAGGCUUUCCCAUUCCCGUCCAAGAGCGUGCGGAGCCUGCUGGGCCUGGGCAGCAACACCUCGAAGGGCGUGUCCGCCAGUAAGAAAGCCCCCGCCUCCAAGGGCAAAGCAGCAAAGCGCAGCGCGGCCGCCUCCACGGCCGACGUUGCGGAGCUGCUGGGCCUCGACGCAGCCCCGGCGGCGGCAGCUGCCGACAGCGGUUGGAUGAAAUAUGAACACCUCAAGUGCACGUGCGGAUGGACCCCUGACCUGGCGUCCUCCGUUCCCGUGGACACGCAAGCACGACGCCGCUUCAAGGCCUGCAAGGACGAGCCGCCCCCGAAGCUGGGCCCGAGCCGCAACAACCUGAAAGUGCGGGCCAUGGGCGCCAAGGGCGUGGAAGUCACGCCCCGCAUGAACCUCGCGUACUAUACAUGCACGAAGUGUGGGAUGGGCAAGCGCCUCUCGGCAGCCAAGAUCACCCUCUGUAAGGCUCGCGGGGUGGCCGUGGGCAAGACGCAAGGAGGCAAGAUGCUCAAGAAGCUCCUUGGCCAGAACCGCUAUCGGCAGCGCCUGGCGGCAUUGUCCAAGGCCUCCGCCAAACUCAAAGCUCUGCCGCUGGCUCAGAGGCCGGUGUCCCGGACCCCCGAGUACGCGAGACGCAAGGCGUUGGAGUACUACCAGGCGGACCCCGCCAAGUUUGCUCUGCAACGCAGGACCUACGCGAGGAAGCACGCCAGGGCCAAGGGAGAGAUCAGCAGGGUCAUGCACGUAUUCAUCCAUGUCACCUUCACUUUCAUGCACGUGGUUAUCCAUUUCUUCUUCGUCCCUAUCGCGGGGGAGGGGGAGAUUAGCAGGGUCAUGCACGUGAUUCUCAAUUUCACCUUCACUUUCCUCCUCAUCCUCCUCGUCCCUACCGGGUGCGACGAGGGCCUGAGGCAGAAGCAACUUGACGCUCAUGGGGGCAAGAGAGAAGCCGCGGCGGCUGCCGGGGCUCCACAAACCCCGGCCGCCCAUGCAGAAGUUCCGCCUGGCCGCAAGCUCCGGGUGGCCAUUCUCAACGUGACCUCUGCCACCACUGCGCGCAUCAAGGCAAUGCUGGAAACAGAACUGGUCGAGUCUGCGGACAUCAUCUGCUUGCAGGAGGUCCGCCACACCACAGUGACCCCACGCUGGCUCAUGAGGCUGGCAUCCCAACGGGGAUGGGGUAUAAAGCUGUCGACGCCUUCCCCCGUGGACCAACGGGGCACGCACGUCCAGGGCGGCACCGCCAUCAUGUGGAGGCGCUCCUUGGGGAAGGUUUCCACGUACGCCCACCCGAAAGACCAUCGACUGGUGGGACUCCUGUUUGCGGGAGGUGCAGUCGUUUCCGCCUAUGGGCCGGCUUCACGCCCGUCCCUCGAAUGGGUCGAUAAAGCUGUGCAGUGGAUGGACGAGAAGUUCCACGACAAGCCGCAGGUGCUCAUUGGGGACCUGAACUGGAGGGAGAUGUACCGCCAGCUCGUCGCCGACGCCUGGCAGAUCGCCGACAUGCCGCUGGAGUGGAAGCCGUGGCCGGUGUCCCGCACCACAAGCUGGUUCUUCGAGGUGGACGUGCCGCUGCCGCCGCGGCCCGCCCAGGAGCGCCUUAAACGUACAUCUUUCUACACUUGGAAUGACAAUGCUAUUAUGCUCCCGGCCGAUGCGGGAGACAUCGUGUCCGCCGUCGAUGCCGAGUACCCUGUCCUGGAGGCCUCGUUCCCGCUGUUGGACAGGUGGAGGCGGUGGCACGCUCGGGCUGAGACUGUGGCCCGCCUGGCGUGCAGCCGGGACUUCAUGGAAAUGACUCGCACUAGGGAGCGGCCGAAAGCUUCCCCGCCCGAAUCCCGUCGGUGCGCCGAUUCGGCCCAGCACCGGGUGGAUGAAGCGAUCACUCUUCGACAGCUGCGGCGGCUACACCGCCGGUUCACCCACGGGAAGACUGCGGGGGUGGACUCGGAGCGCCUGUCACCCAAGCACUUGCACGACUUCGGCGUGGCAGCCCGUCAGGGAGCCCUCCACGCAAAGUGGUCCGACGCCCCGCUGUUGUGGCCGACGUACGCCGCCGCAGUCGACAUCAUCAAUGCCAGCAUCACCAAGGAGGAGCGGAAGGGCAAGGACGCCCGCGGCCGCCAAUGGAAACAACGCUUCACCGAGAUCACUCGGGACACUUGGGCCGCCGCCGGCCCUGUCAUCAAGCCGGGCCCCGAGGCGCCGACCUUCACCCCCGACUCCAUGCGGGCGGAGUGGGAGCCGAUCUGGAACCCGCCAGACUACAACCCGGAUGCCAUCCGGGCAGCUUGGUGCACCUACGCGGACAAGGCCGUCUUCCCGCAGUGUGGGGUUGCGGUUGACUGGAUCCCCGACUACGACGACUUCUCUGCCGGGGCGGCGGGCCUCGACGGCUGGUCAGCCGCAGAAGUCAAAGCUUUGACACGGCACUUCGAGUUCUUGAAGAUGGAGCUCUACGCGUUGUGGGUGGCAACCACACGCGCCGCUGGUGACCCGGCGGGCCUCCCGGAGGCCCUCGUCGACUUCCUCUUCUGCUGGCGGGUGGUGGGGAUCCCCAAGCCCAAGACCGACGCCUCCCGGCCGAUCUCGGUGGCGUCAUGCCUCGUACGGACGUGGCUCAGUGCAUGCGCGGCCAUCGCGCCCCACCCAGUGGACACGCAGCGGGCCACACGCCCCGGAGUCUCCGUGGUACACGCCAUCUCUUCUUGGCUGAGUGCGGCGGCGGCUGCUGACGAAGGCUGUGAGCAAGACCUCACAAAAGCGUACGACCGAAUCGACCACCUGCUGGCGACAGAGGCUCUGGACCGUGAAGGUUGGCCUCGGCACCUGCAGUGUCUGUUCAGAUGUUCCUGGCGGGGCCCCCGGUACUGCCAGGAGCCCAUCGAGCCUCGCUUCGGGUGGGGCCCCGUGCGAACGACGCUACGCCGCCUGGGCACACUCCCCGGGUCCGCCAAAGUCAGAGAGUCCCUGACAGCGGCUUACGCUUCGCCGAUGCGGUUGUGGGCAGCACCUGUGGUGGCGCCGCCCCCGCCAGACAUCACGCCCCUGGUCAUGAAGGCCGUGCUGCGCACCGGAUGUUCCUGGCGGUGCCGGGGCCGCUGGUGGGCCACCAGACUCUACCUACACCCGCUCCACGGGUCAAUUCUUCGCGGACUCAAGGUUGUUCUUGAUCCUGAAUUCUGUUGGAGUCCCCAUGUGGAGACGCAGAUACGUACCGCCGUGGAUCGGCUGGGGCUCGGAUUUCGAGACUACGACCGUUACUUUGGCCUGUGCAUGGAGGUGCUCCCGGGGGGCGACCCGCGGGUCCAGAAGGUCACAGACAGGGUGCGCCAGGGGCGCUCCUAUUUCUGGACGCGGUCCGAAGAAGCGCAGCAUUGCGCGGGGCUGGUGUGCCGCAUUCGCUGUCUGCAGCAGCGCGCCUCUAGCCGCAACGAUGUGGAGGGCGUGGAGGAGGUCGACGCGGAGGCCUCCAGCGACCCCCGGUGGAAGAAGUUCUCGGAGAGCCUGCCGGCCGCCGAGAAGCAGGCUCUGAACAUCUUCCGGUGUGGAGCCAUACGCACCCAGACCCGCAUCAGCCAGAACACCAGGUGUGCGCUGUGCGGAGCGCUCCACCCGAGUGCCCGGCACCUGUGGAGCGAAUGCAGUGGGAUGGGCGAAGCGAAGGAGAUUGCAAAGCAAGUUCAAGAGAAGGUGGAGGACUUAGAGAUCGAUAUCACGAACCUGCGGGUGCACGUGGAGCUGAUGGUUACUAAGGAGGAGGUGAAGGACCUAGUGAAGACCAUGGUGGAGCAGGAGGUGAAGGACAAUUUCAAUCAG